AUGAUACGAGUCCCAGGACUCGUCACUGCAAUUUGUAACAAAAUCACAGCUUAUGAUGAUAUUUCUACUCCAGGACAUUGCACAUUUGAUUCAUUGUUGAAAAGCAUGGCCAGUGAGGUAGAUUCUAGACCUCAGAAGCUCAUUGACAUUAUCAAGGAGAAAAUUGAAAACAACAACCAGUUCUUCUCACUGGAAUUCUACCCACCAAAGACAUUCAAUGGCGCGACUAAUCUCAUGGGCAUCAUCGGCAGAUUGAAUGAACAUUGUACACCACUGUUCUGCAACAUAACAUGGAAACCUUCCCAAGAUCCCAUGUCAGAUAAGUGUCAGCAAGAACCAAGCACUUUGUUAGUUUCUGCAGCGGCAAAAGACUUGUAUGGACAGGAUAUUAUGAUUCAUAUCCCUUCCGCAAACACAACCAAGAGUCAGGUUGUGGAGCAUCUCAUUCGUGCUAAAGAUCUUGGGAUUAGGAGUGUGCUGGCAGUUAGAGGACAAGGUAUUUGAUGUUAUAGAAUAAAACCCAGUGCUAUAUUAUUUUUCCAUAGUUAACUCUCUCUUGAUGGACACCUCUAUAAGAUGGACACCUCUGUAAAACGGACACCCAGAGUUGAUCCUUGACUUUCUUUUAUUCCUUUAUUGGACUCUAUAUAACACAGACCACUCUUGUAGGUUAACACUUAGUGUCCGUGUUAAGGCUGAUUUAGACCAUACACUUUUGACCACCCACAUGCGCACAAUAUUGUCUCUUACGACAUCCACAAUGUGUCUUACGAAUGUCAUGUUGUCCUCUACCGUGAAAACUGAUGAUGUCACAAGCGGUAGAAAGCACGUGGACCGGCAUGGGUGGUUACAGGCAGCUCGGGGGCAAAUGAGUUAAAAGAAAUAAAAGUGGGUUCCCAUGAAUUUUCACGGAACCAAAAAAUGGUUACAGAUGGUUUCCCAUGAUCUCUGGACAUGGAACUGAAAAAUUGUUAUCCAUGGGAUUUGAAAUCCUCGGGCUUGAGAACAAUAGACCUCAUUUAACGCUUAGUGUCAUUGCUUAACUGUUGUUUUAUAGAGGAGGAGUCACCUGGAUUGAGAGAUGAUGGAUUUGACUACACUGUUGACCUGGUCAAAUUGAUUAAAACUGAAUUUGGAGAUGAUUUCACUGUAGGGGUGGUAGGUAAGUUGGUAGAUCAAAGUGAAGGGUAAUUAAUUAUUCAUGAAUUAGGGCUAGGACACAAAGGAAAUUGAGAAUCAACCUAGGUUAAAAAAUUUUAACUUAAAUAUAAUAAUAUUUUGGCCUGUAAACAUAUAUACUUUUUGAUGUCUCUUUAGCAUGUGGAAUUAGCUUUACAUUCAAACUAGUAAAAUCAACCAAAAAUAAUAAUAAACUGUACUUAAAAUCAAUACCAGCACUUGAAAGACCAAAUCUUACAUGUAUUUGGUAAUUUUACAAAAGUCCACGGAUUAGCUUGUGAAGAAUGUGUAGUGUAAUAGUAGAAAACAGAAAGUCAAUGACUGGAAAAAGGAGAGACUGGAGUUAUUAUGCCAUAUAUCCUUUGGUUUCAAGCUGCAGGUAUUCAAAGACAUUCGAAAACUUUUACAUGUACAUACAUAUGUUCAGACAAUGAAGGCAACCUUAUCGCUAGACUGUAUUACCAGCUGAGAAGCCUGUGGGCAAGCUGUCCAUUUAUGCAUUUAUGGCGACCAAAGUGAGCCGUGAGAGAACAUGCAAGCGAGUGGCAAAGCUUUUAGGGGCAAAGUUCCUUUCUUGCAUGACUUCUCAUGAUGUCCUGAGAUGGGAGAGCUUUGUUUGCAGUCUACCAGCAGAGUUUAAGGCUGACCUUACAACGUAUGUGUGGUUUCAAACACCUCUCUUGCACCAACAUAAGAAUAAAGGGACCAGUGACAUAAAUGAGGAAAUUCUGAGUGUGCAAAACACCUAUAGAUAAGUGUCUUGGGCAAGAGGCCCUAGCCCUCCAAGACAAAAAUUACCUGGGGCACAGUCUCCCCCCCCCCAUUUGUUGGUGUCAAAAAUAUCAUAAGUGACAUUACCAGUGGCAUCAGCGACAUCAGAGCGCACAUUGUAUGCCCUCAGAAGACUCAAGAACUACCUAAGAAGCACCAUGAAGCUGGACAACCACAACAACUGCCUACUGUUGCAUUGUCACAGAUCGAUUGCAGACACACUUGACACUGUGAAGAUUGCAAAGAGGUUUGCUUGUGCCAACAAAUAAUGCAGAGGGCAUUUUGGGAAAUUUGAGACGGGGUAUGGGCAUUGCUGAGUGAGAGAUAAGCCCUCCCUCCACCUCCCCUACAUUUCAAAAUGCUCCACUGCCUCUGAGUUGACAAAGGUCUUUGAAAACAUACCGGGCCAUAGAAAUGAAUUAUAGCUCUUCAACUUCUUUGUCUCCAAUUUGUUGAGUUAUUUGUUUGUAGGAUACCUAGCUUCAUCAAAUGUUGAAAGUUAUGAAGAAGACCUUAAGCAUCUGAAGGAAGAAGUUGAUGCUGGAGCAGAUCUUAUCAUUACACAAAUGUUCUUUGAAGUCAAGACGUUUUUCAAGUUUAAGGAGGAUUGCCAAAGAUUUGGGAUUAAUGUGCCAAUAAUUCCUGCCAUUUUCCCAAUUCAGGUAAAGUUUUUAUUUGCUUACUUUCAUCUCAUGGCCUGUGUGCAAACAUCUAUGUCACCGACGUGAGACAGAUGAUUGUAGGUUAACCCUUUGAGUCCCAAUAUCUAUUUACAAAUUCUCCAUACUGAUCUCCCUGCAUUUUCCUAAAGAAUUAGUUGAGAGAAUUUGGUAAAAGAUCAAAGCAUUUUCUCUUAGGUGAUCAUUCUAUCAAUACUCAUGACCUUUUUAUCUGAUGAUGUGUUGUUUUGUAUGGAGAAAAUUGGUUUUGGUCAAUUCUGGAAAAGAAAAGGGUUAACCUUCCCAGUGACAAUGGCCCUCACAAGUUACACCCAUGUUGCUUAUACUUAUUAUCAUCAAAAGCCGUACAAACUACUGUGGGGUUGUUUUUUGACUGAUAACCCUAGGAUAAAAUUUAGAUUCAGUGAGUUGUUCUUUUCCGUGUAAACCAUUUGUUAGUGGGGUGAGGGUGGGGGUGGUGAGAGCAUUCGCUUCCUACCAGUGAGGGCCGGGUUCCAACCGCGACGUCGACGACGUAUGUGGGUUGAAAUUGCUGUUGGUUCUUCCCUUCACUCGAAGAGGUUUUUUUCUGGGUACUCUGGUUUUCCUCCCUCUUCCAAAACUAACAUUGCCAAAUUCAAUUUCGACCAGGAAUGGUAGACGAAGGACCAAAAUGUGGAUGUGCUACCUCUAAAUUGUUAUUUAUUUAUUCAUUUAUUUUACAGAACUUCAAUUCCCUGCGCCAGUUAAAACGAUCAUCUCGCGUGGACAUUCCCCAGUGGUUACUGGACAUCCUCACCCCAAUGAAGGACGAUGAUACUGCAGUAAUAAAUUAUGGCAUCAAAUACGCCGCCGAAAUGUGUAAGCAGUUACUUGAGAGUGGUCAAGUACAUGGCUUACACCUCUACACUUUAAAUCGUGAAACGUCCGUCUCGGAAAUCCUUAAAAAACUCUGCAUAUAUCACAUGACCGAUGAGCAAGAUUCGGGCUUGCGCAAAUUUCCUUGGAUGCCAGGGCCCGCUCUUGCGAGGCGUGGUCGGAUGGAACACGUGCGCCCGAUUUUUUGGACGUCAAGACCUCGCAGUUAUAUGAUCAGAACCUCGGACUGGGACGAGUAUCCGAAUGGAAGAUGGGGCGAUUCUAGUGCAGCGUCGUUUGGAGAGUUAAAGGAUUAUCACUUAGCACUGCUGGGAACGCAUAAAAGUCAACAAGAACUGUUGAACAUGUGGGGCCGAGAGUUGAACUCUGUGGAAGAUGUUUGUGAAAUUUUUGUUUGUUAUCUGACCGGGAAGAAGAAUAGACAUGGAUUUCAGGUUAGCACAUUCCUUUGCUGAUUUGUCAAAUUCGUUCUCGUUAAUUUUAAGGUCCCAUCUGACAAUAGAGAGAUAGAGUACCGCAUAGACCGGGAACGUCUGUAGUUAGCUGGUGAUUUAUCACUUACAAGCUUAUCACUUGUGCUCUUUCUGUGCGCAAACCUCUUGAUCUCAAUAUCAAAAAUGCGGGAGGGCCUAUACUAAACGAUCGGCAUUCCCACCCGUUCCUCUGGGGAGUCUCCCCGGGGGUUUAUUGCCAAUAUGUGUCUUAAACGAGUCUGAAUCUCGAAGAAAUUUCGUUUUUUUCCAGGUGACAGAACUUCCUUGGAAUCAAGACGAGCUGGCACCCGAGACACUGCCCUUUGUUGAUAAGCUUGCCCAUAUCAACAAACAUGGCAUCCUUACAAUUAAUAGUCAGCCCAACGUAAAUGCAGCACCUUCAACAGAUCCUGUGGCAGGGUGGGGACGGCCUGGAGGGUACGUCUUUCAAAAGGUGAACAUGCAUGACUCUUUUUCUUACUAAAUACUUUUUAAAGGGCUCUAUAUCUCAGACUUAUUAUAUGUUUUGUUCGACCUAAGUAGGCUGUUUGAAUUAGUCGCCGUUCCAACUUUAGAAUUUAUAACAUCAAUUUGGUUCGUCAUUUGUUUGUGGGAGUUGUAACCCAGCCUAAACAGAACUCGACACAUUGAUUGUGUUUUCAAGUACCUGCUGAUAAGCAGUAUUUUCUCUCAAUACUGUGCACUGUGCUGUAUUAUGUGGUUUUAACUUUCGAGUCUGUGAUUGAAAUCUUAAAAAUGUGACCAUUCGUGUGAAAGCGACGGAGCAGUACUUUCUUGUGGUGCUGUUUAUCAUGCUAUAUUUUAUAAGACGUGGCUUUAAAUUUUGGAGUCUGUGGAUGAAAUUUUGUGGCGUGACCAGUCAAGUAAAAGUUACUGGUGUUAAUCAUGAUGUAGAAAUCUUAAACAUUUGAGGGCUGAAAGUUGUAUGCUGUGGUUGACCUUAAUUUACUCGACGAAUCCUAUGGAUGAAAUGUUAAGAAAUUUUAUAAUUACUCUUUUAGGCAUAUUUAGAGUUUUUCACCAGUGAGGAGAUUGUGAUGUGUCUUUACGAAGUACUACAGGAUUUCCCACUGGUUAAUUAUCACAUGGUGAAUUUCUCGGUAAGGCUUAGUUUUAUAAACCUCGACAGUUUCACACCCAGAGUCUUCAAGCAUCUUGCUCCACGGUCGCCUCGCGGGUGAUCACCAGGGCGAGGAACCUAGGGACGCUGGGUUCAAGACUGAAAUUUUGCCCGAUGUGAAUGUCCACACUUAGUAUUCCGUUUUAAACGAUAACUCUUCGGAAAAUAAUGUAGAUAAACGCAGAACCGAUAAGUUAGUUAUGAGGAAGAAUCAGACUAAACCCACAUGGAAGUUAAAGUGGUAUACUAAUACCAAGUGACAACCAUUCCCAUGACUGAAUUUUGUUACAUUUGUGAUAAAUUUGAUUUCAGAUGUAGUGGUGGUGGUGGGAGUGGGGGGCGGGGGGGGGGGAGGUGGGGGUUGGGGGGAAGUCAUGAAGUGCCCCCCAAAACGCAACGCAGUUGAUUUUACUACUUGACACGCGUAUAACAACCAUUAUACUACUACAUGAGAAAUUUCUGCAAUUUGAUUGGCUGAGAGCGGUGGUAUUUCAGCUUAGUUUGAAAUACCUACAUGUGAAAAUUACAACCCCAUUUGGCAUAAAAACUUGUGAUAUUUCAAAAUUGUCUCAAAUUUUGCCUAAUUUUACGUAUAACAAUCUGAAAUAUCACGUAUACAAACAACCAAAAUUAAACCUCGCAUCAACUGCUGCGGGUAUUUUCGCUUUUUAUUACAGGGAAAAGAAGAUGCAACGAACGCGAACGUAUACUCCUCAAUAGCUGUGACGUGGGGUGUUUUUCCUGGAUCAGAGAUCAUUCAACCCACCGUAGUUGAUCCUAUCGCUUAUCAGUUUUGGAAGGUAAGACAAGAAAAUCUUACGUUUAGCGGUCAAACUAACAAAAUAUCAUGUUAUACCAUGUUAUAAUGCUGCCCCUGGGCUCGAUUUCCGCCGUCCCCCGAGUCUAGUCUUUAGACCUCAUCGUCUUUCGCGGGAAUGAGUGCGGGUUUGUCGAUCGACCCUAUUCUGGCCCCAGUUGUUUGAAAACACAGUCUACUAGACAAAGGGAACUUAACCAACGACGACGGCGACCGCAACGAGAACAUCAAAAACUCAAUAGGUUUAGAAUGGCAAAACAGCAAAACAACAACUUUGCACGUACAUCUAGCCUGCGAGCGAGCUCUCCUAUUUGGGCGAGCGAGCCUCGCGAGAACGCGCGAGCGAGGGGUCCCUGUCCCUCGCGGCUUCGCCGCUCUCUCGUGCGUUCUCGCGAGACUCGCUUCGCUCGCCCAAAUAGGAAAGCUUGCUCGCAGGCUAACGUGCAUCCCCUUUUUGUACAUUGCUUUGCCGUCGUUGCACGACUUCGACGUGAAACUUUCUAAUUUUACGUUUGAUAGGACGUAGACACAAGACAACGAUUUUGUUUUUCUUUUUGUGAACUUAGAUACAUUCCUUUAGAAUUCAACUCCUGAAAAAAUGGCCAACAUUUGAAAAAAUUAAAAUGGCUGGAAUAAGAGCGAUGAAGUUUGAAGUAAUGUGAAUUUACUUUUUGGGUGACGUUUUCGUUGCCGUGGCCGUCGUCGUUGUUUAAGCUGCCUAAUAGCCUGCGAGCAAGCUCUCCUUUUUUUGCGAGCAAAGCGAGUCUUGCGAGAACGCGCGAGCGAGCGGCGCAGCCGCGAGGGGCGGAGGAAAGGAGCCCCUCGCUCGCGCGUUCUCGCGAGGCUCGCCCAAAUAGGACAGCUUGCCUGCAGGCUAGCUGCCUAAUGACACCACCUCAGCAUCUUACGCUAAGGGCCUGUUUACAUGGGGGUGGGGGACCCCAGGUAGGUGAGGUAACCUGCUUAAGGGGGGGGGGGGGGGUAACCCUCCUGUCGCUAUAAUGUCUCAUUUUAAUUUGAUCACGUUUACAUGAUAGGUGGGGUGACCUGCCGAGGCGAGUAGUCCGGACUGCCAGACCGGGUAACCCUCUCAGCCGGGGUCAAAUUUUGCCAUGUAAACGUUUCAAGGUAGGGUAACCCGCCUGGCCGGGGUCGGAUUCGUGAUACAUCAAAUUUGCGCGAAAUUCACUUUGGCAGUGGCUUUGCAUCAUUAUUAAAGGUAACAAUAGAAAGCCACAGCACUGAAGGUUGCAGCAAGAGCAGCAAGUGAGGGUAGAAGAGCAUUAACCACCAAAACCCUUUGUUUGCCAGCAUUUUUCUUGUUUACGUGCUUAGUGACCAUUCAUUAAUCUUGAGAAAGUGCACCCCUGGAUCGCGGGGUUGUAAGAUUGCAUGUAAAGGAGGGUUAUUUUUUACCCCACCUGAGCGGGUUACCUCACCUACCUGGAGUCCCCCACCUCCAUCUAAACAGGCCUUAAUUCACCCGGGCUCACAUCAACACCUUUCACCACACAACGUGUGAGAGGUUGCCUCGGUCUGCCAACCUUGUUCCCAGGAUGGACUGGGAGUAGAGAGGCCCUGGGAACGAGUUGGAAGCAGGUUUAUGACUUGUAUUUGUUCUUUAUUAGGACGAGGCGUUUGCUCUUUGGAAGCAUCAGUGGGGAAGUAUUUACCCAGAAAAAUCCAAGUCACGUGAGGUUAUCGACACAAUACACAGUACUUAUUAUCUGGUGAAUCUUGUUGACAAUGAUUACGUGGCCGGAAAUCAACUCUUUGACAUUCUAGACAUAGUUUUGAAAAAAUUGGGAAAAAUAUAGUGUGACGUAGGUGUAUUAAGCCCCGUCAAACGGUGUGUGAUAGUUCGAGGUCGCGCUCCUCUCCUCAGUCUGAACACGACCUUACAUAAGGUAUUUCCUUCAUGAACUAUCCACGCUAUUUCGAUUUUCUUUGAAAAAUUCUCUUGAGGUGAUACUAGAUGAUGGCAUUCCUGUGUACAUAAGGAACAGUAAAUUUUAAGCUACUACUUGUCUGAAUUUGGUGAGAUUGAAAAAUCUUUCGCACUUUGAAUGGAUAAAGUUCAUGUGAAGACAUUUAUGUUGAGUUUAAAAGAGAGCUUGGCUGACACUGCUUGUAGCGUAUGCAAGAAUGAAGAAAUUAAUCUGAUAUUGACAACGAAAUGGCUAUAAGUUUUAAAUCUCCACAAGGGGUAAUGGACA